GGGCAACAACAACAUUAAACGUCCCACAAUCCUUCGCUAGAGGGCGUCUGGGACCUCUCACAAAUGACAUCAUUACGUAGCAGGCAGUAAACCAAAGACUAGAACAGUAGUAACAUUUGUUACACUACAACGACGAAAGAGUGUGAAAAUGUUUGCAAGGACCACAGCAAAGUACGUGGAGGAAGAGGACCAUAGUCGUCGACGACUGGAAGAUCUUUGGCUGCAGCCAUAUGUUGUGUUACGCAGAAUUGACAUCAGUGAAGCUGUUCAUCCUAAGCAUCAGGAGCCAGAGCACACAUGCAUCAAAGAGGAAGAUGCCAAAGAGAUCCACCACAUGAAUGAACAAAUGGUGCAGACGUUUCUUUGCACCAUAAAAGACGAAGAGCCGGAGCGGCCUUGUAUUAAAGAGGAGGGAGAAGACUCCUGCGACAUUAAAGACGAGGAGGAGGAUACCUUCAAGAUGCCAUUGACUGAUGUUCCUGUGAAGAGCUUAGAUGAGGGUCAACAUGAGGUGAUCAAUGGGGCAGCGCCGCCAACCUGCAGCUCAAGUCAACAAAUGACCAGAGAAGGUGAUGUAGACCACUGUGGAGGCUCACAAGCAGCUCCACCAUCAGAUAGUGAUGACGUGACGAAAAACUAUUCCUGCUCAGAUUGUGGCCAAAGAUUUACUCAAAGGGGAAGUUUAAAAAGGCACACAAGUACCCACACUGGUGAGAAACCCUUUUCAUGCUCAGUUUGUGGGCAAAAAUUCUCUCAGAAGGGAAAUUUCAAAAGGCAUACAAGAAUCCACACUGGACAGGAACAUUUUUCAUGCUCAGUUUGUGGCCAAAGUUUCAAAUGGAAGGAAACCUUAAAUAGGCACACGAGAACCCACACUGGUGAGAAACCUUUUUCAUGCUCAGUUUGUGGCCGAACAUUUGCUCAGAGGCACCAUUUAAAAGCUCACACAAGAACCCACACUGGAGAGAAACCUUUUUCAUGCUCAGUUUGUGGCAGAAAAUUCAGUCUAAAAGAAGAUGUUAACAAGCACAAGAGAAUCCACACUGGUGAGAAACCUUUUUCAUGCUUAGUUUGUGGCCAAAAAUUCUCCCGGAGCGGGCAUUUGAAAAGACACACAAUAACCCACACAGGUGAGAGUCCUUUUUCAUGCUCAAUUUGUGGCCAAAUAUUUUCAGGGAAGGUAGCUCUAACAAUUCACACAAGAAUCCACACUGGUGAGAAACCUUAUUCAUGCUUAGUUUGUGGCCAAUUAUUCGCUCGGAAUGACUGCUUGAUAAAGCACACAAGAAUCCACACAGGUGAAAAAACUUUUUCAUGCUCAGUUUGUGGCCAAAUGUUCUCUGAGGGGACCUAUUUAAAAAGGCACACAAUAAUCCACACUGGGGAGAAACCUUUUUCAUGCUCAGUUUGUGGCCAAAAAUUCAGUCAGAAGGUAACCUUAAAAGAUCACACAAGAACCCACACUGGUGAGAAACCUUUUUCAUGCUCAGUUUGUGGCCAAAAAUUCAGUCAGAAGGGAAACUUAAAACAUCACACAAGAACCCACACUGGCGAGAAACCUUUUUCAUGCUCAGUUUGUGGCCAAAGAUUCGUAGUGAAGCAAAGCUUAGAAAGGCAUAUAAGAAUCCACACUGGCGAGAAACCUUUUUCAUGCUCAGUUUGUGGCAAAAGAUUUGCAGCGAAGCACAGCUUAAAAAGGCAUAUAAGAAUCUACACUGGCGAGAAACCUUUUUUAUGCUCAGUUUGUGGCAAAAGAUUUGCAGCCAAGCAAAGCUUAGAAAGGCAUAUAAGAAUCCACACUGGCGAGAACCCUGUCGCCUGCUCAGCCAAAGAGAAUUCCGAGUAUGUUGGGGAGAUGAGCAAUGAUUCGUGAAGUUUUCACCUUCUAUUUGAGCAGAUUUCAUAAGUUUUUGCAGCAAUGGCAAUUCUAUGUAUCUUUUGAUUGGGAUGCUAAACUCCUUUCCUUCACCACAGUGAGACGUUCAUAUUUUAGUUGUAAUAAAUUGGAGAAUAUACUAAUUAACCAGCCUCUGGAUGAUAAUAGUUUUGUAUUUUUCAUUAUACUUGAUGUUUAUUUUGUUUAUAGUUGUGAAUUUUAACUGUAAUUAUUUCAAAUUCAUAUUCAGGGCAAGUUGCUUAGUUUCUAUUCGUGUUUAGGGGUUUGUUUUGUUCAGAUUUUCAUGUUCAUGUCAAGGUUUUUGCCCCCAUAUUUGUUUUGCAGUGAAACUAGAUGAAACGAUUUGUGUAAAAAUGCUGAAUGACGAAAUGUGGAAUGUUUUGGCUCAUGAAAUAAAAUGAGAGUGAAUUACACGGGAUGUAUGUGUGGGGUUCUUUCCUAUUCAAGAGAAACAUCCCUUUUUCUCAGUAUUGUAAUACAAUGCCUUGUUUUUAUUUGGCUGUAAUUUGUCAUUUUAAUAAAGCAUGCAGCUAUGCUCUCUGUUGUUCAGCAACUUAA